AUGUGUCAACCGUUAGCAUCAGUUAAGAGUUUACUUUGGAUACGAUUUGCUCUUCAUGGUAAUCCAAAUAUGCCCUUGGAUGCUGAAGGAACUAAUUCAUUAAUAACUCAAUUAAGUCAGCAUGGUGGCUGGUCAAGACAUUCGCCAAAUACUGCGGCUGAUCUUUCCUCGUAUUUAACUUUCGCUAAUCAAACAUUGAGAAAUAGUAGCGCGACUAUUCGAUUAUCAACAAAUGGUUAUCCUUCACCGACAUAUGCUGCAUGGAAUCAAAUUGUACGAAAUCCAACUAUUGUUAAAGAAUGUAUUGCUGGUUUUAGUGGUCCUAAUGGUUCACCACUCAGGAAGACAAUAUCUACAAAAUAA